AUGGUCUUAUGUAUUAUUUUUAUUUCCUCAGUUAAUUCUUUAACUUCAUUUAUUCCCACGUGUAGUUUACCUGAGUACGCCACCAAAUUUAUUGAACUUUGUCUCGUUAUUACUGCCGACCACGGUCCAGCAGUAUCUGGAGCUCACAACACCAUCGUCACUGCAAGAGCCGGCAAGGAUUUGGUUUCCAGCCUCGCCUCUGGUCUGCUUACUGUGGGUGAUCGCUUUGGAGGGGCCAUCGACGCAGCAGCGCAUCAAUUCGCUGAAGCCUGUGAUUCUGGCCUCGAGCCUGCCGCCUACGUAGCUCAGAUGCAUGCUCAGCAUCGCCUCUUAAUGGGGAUUGGGCAUCGAGUCAAGUCUACUACUAAUCCGGAUAGCCGAGUUCAACUUCUAGCCAAUUACGUUCGUCAGCAUUUCCCUGCCCAUCCAGUUAUGGACUACGCGUUUGCCGUAGAGAAGAUUACUACUGCAAAGCGACCGAACCUCAUCUUAAACGUGGACGGCACAAUCGGAGUUUCGAUGGUCGAUUUGCUGAGAAAUUGCGGUCAGUUCACUCGGUAA